UAUUGGCGAAUGACUAGGGCCAACAAAUGGAGUUCCUUCGUCGUCACAAACGUCCACCCCGAAGGUGGUCGGUAGAGCAGCAAUGUUCCGUGGAAUGGAAUGGGCGAUUGACUGGUACGGCGGGAUUAAACAGCAUGGUUGUGGGCCAGUUACUUUCCGUAAGGACGAUGCUGGAAAGUUCUACGUAUGUAGCGGAAUCGACAGUUACGGCGUGGACAAAUUUGCCGGUGAGAAAGGGUACUACGAUUUCCACUUGACCACAUGCUUCGACAGUGGAGGGAUCGAGAUGCCUGGUAAUUACAAGAAAGUGUCGCUACAUCUGUCGAGGUUUGCAGGCUUCGAAAUAAACGAUGCGUCGAUGCCCCCGUUCGAUAGGUCGAAGAAACUGAAGAGUGUUGCAAUGGUGGGACCGAUCGAGUUCGUGAAGAAAACAACAUGGUAUAAAGUCGCGGGCUUUAAAGUGAAGGUGAACAAAGAUUUGGAGUUGUCGACACCCUUCGUGCCGAUGGGCACUGCGAAUGACGUGCUGACGGACAUUCUUAGGACACACAAGCAUGGGGAGUCUAGGCAAGGAACACUGCAAUCCGCUCUUGCUGCUAGAAUGCAAGUUGCUGAAUGUGGCACAAGGGGGAAGAGUCUCACAAUCUGGGAAGCUUCGUCGUGUGACAAUGAUGACAACGAUGAAGAGAAAACAGAAAGUGACAACCGCGAUGUGCAAUCGUCUGGCAACUGUUCUCCUGAAAGGAAUGGUAGGGAUGAUGAUGAUGACAAACAGUCGGCUGGGAAGGGUGAGGGGGAAGGCAGUUCGAGCGAUGAUGACAGGGAGGAGAGUGAAGAUGAUGAGGAGCAGGGUAAGGAUGAAAGUGAGGAGGACGAGGGAGAAGGGGAGGAGGGCGAGUAUGAAGGCAACACACGGACCAAUAAUGGAUUCUCUGCAAGAUGGCAUGUAAAUAAAGACAACGGUAAGGAGAGCGAAGGGGAUGACAGCAGUGGGGACAAAGAAGAGGACGGUGUCGGAAUCGACACACAACCAUCAACGAACUCUCGCAAAAGAAAAAUGGAGGCAGGGAGAUACGAUGGAGGAGAGCAGCGUCAGACAGAGUUGCUUGGCCUAGGCGCAUCUCACAACGCAUUUGUGCAACACUUAGAAAGGGAAUCUGAGAAAUCUGCAAAAGGCAAGUGGGAGCGGGAACGACACACCAAGAAGGCGAAGGAGACAGUUAGGGUCGAGGGAACAAAAGAGGUCGCUGACUCUGGUGAUGAAGGAGUUUGGGUUGAUCCGAGGGACCACACCGUGAAAGACAGAAAGUUACCGUUGCCAACCUUCGACACCACAACAUGUUUCUUCCUCGAAUACAGUGAUGAUGGAAAUGCAGUAGAACGACCUCAAGAGAUAUACGUCGACUGCAUGAGAGUUUUGCCUUGCCCUGUCGGUGGGCGCGUGCAGUACAAUCACAACCCGUUGAAUGACAUGUUGGUCGUUUCUAUCAUGAGAGCGAUGGAGCUGCCAGAGAAGAAACGAGAGUGGGACAGGGCCACAUGGAUAUUGGCCCCUAGGCUUGUCGUAGACUGGUUGCAGCCAAUUCGCCCGCUGCACAAAAAAUGGGGUGUGCAUUCAUGGCAUGCUCAUGCUGUCUAUUUCGACGACGACCAUCUGGAUGGCUAUGCUCAUAUUUUGACUUUCGAUAAUACAAGGGAGACACGAGCUAUCCCAGAUUCAUUCCGAGUGUCGGUGAAGAAUAUAAGAGACUUGUGGAGUGAUAUGGGGAUGCCUUCAGGCGAUUUGCAACACGCACCGUCGGAAGCAGGUAAAGAAGCCAUGAGGGAGAACUAUCAGAAGUUCAUGCGCAAAGCGGUCCGACUGACUGCCGACGCAGAGCUUCGGAGUCAAACACUGAAGACGGCGUACAAUACGAACUGGACAAACUUGGUGAGAUCACACCUGACAUUGGCAACAGUUGGAAACAAAGUAUGGGGACUGCUAAACCGAUUCUUUGACUCGUGGGAGGUAGGACUGUUGCCCGACAAGACAGGCGUGCCUCCAGUGGAUCAGCAAGGAAAACAAGUCGCGAUAGCAGGUCCAGGUCCAUGUGCGCUUAUAGUAAAAGGCAAUAAGGAACUUGUGCACUACGUUCAAUCGAACAAAUCGCCUAAUGGGUAUUACGUCUGCAUUAGAGAUCCUCCGCAAAGUGCAUUGAAGGUGUUUGGCGACUUGACUGCCAGGGAAAAGGAGAUGGUGUUAGAUAAGAUAUUGGACCGCCAGGUGGUUGUCACAACAGUUCGAACGUUCAACAAGAACUUGCUUAACAUGGAUGAUAUUCGGGUGGAAGUUCGGCGUGAGAGAUACAUGAUACGCCUCUUCAAUUAUGUUGUUUUCAAGACGGAAGAUCGCAAGGAUGAGGAGUGGAAUGAUGCGUUCUUCAGCGGUUAUUCACAAAUAAUGAAGAGAUUUGGCCCAUUGGGACUUACAAAGGAACAAUGGGAGGAAAAUAAGAGGAAGGCGCCAUCCCACAAGGCCAAAGAUGUGCCAAAACGUCUGGGUGGCAUCGAUAAGCCAAAGGUGGGGAAAGUAGGAGGGUACAAAUUGACGCUCGUGAAAUAUACUGAGUGUCCAUAUUAUCUGAAGGUGUUUAUGCAUGAAAUGAUCGGUGUCAUUGAUCAACUAAGGAACGAGUUGCGGCGCAUAAGUGCGAACGCGCGACACAUAAUGUGGGAUAGACAUAAGGAUCACACAACGUUUCUUCCCAUUUGCUUGGCACCGUACGAGGCACUGCAACCAUCAGAGGAAAUCACACGUGCUGUCAAAAAGUUGAAUUGUCGCGUUGCGGUCCUCGACAUUUGCCCACGUAAGUCCACAACACCACAAGAUUGGUCAGACAAGAGAUUUGCUGAACUUCCGGAGAUGAUGAACACAUUUUGUGGAACGGAUUGGGUCAUUAUCAUAUUCUUAACGUUGAGAUUUGAGCAAACAGUGUUGAAGAACGUGUUGCGGUGGGAUCACGUGAAAGUGGUAACAGGUCGUUGGGAGAGAUAUUUCGGUAAGGACCAGUAUGUUGUUUCGACUGACAAUCUCCCAUUGCGCCCUCUGGACUGCAUGACCGUUGUCAUGCAUGCAACCGACAAUGACUUUAAGAAGGUGACUGUGCAGCCUCCGAACCAUGUCACCUGGUUUGACGAUAAUAUGAAAGAGGAGUUGUUCGUGCAAUGCACGAAUGAACAUGUUGGGAUAUCAAGCGACACAAAAGCCAUAUAUGGGCAGUGAGAGAGAGAGCCGAAGAGAGUGAAGGAUCUGUGCAAAUGGUUUGCAAAGGAAGG